AUGGUCCAAGAAAGUAAACCAGUUACUCACUUUUCUGCCACUACUGGGGAAACAAGAACUGAAGACAAAUAUAAAACCCUAGAAGAAAGACUAAAAGUGAUUGAAGGUUUCAGUAUCUUCGGAGUUGAUGCUAUGGGGAUGUGCUUGGUACCAGAUGUUGCUAUACCUCCAAAGUUCAAAACUCCUGAUUUUGAGAAAUACAAGGGUGUCAUUUUCCCUAGGAACCAUCUCAGGAUGUUCGUCAGAAAUAUGGUUGCCUAUGCAGCAAAUGAAAAACUAAUGAUGCAUAGUUUCCAUGACAGUCUAAGUGGGGCAUCCCUAGACUGGUACACGCAGCUUGAAAGAACCCAUGUCAAGACUUGGGAAGACCUAGCUAAUUCCUUCUUAAGGCAAUACAAGUAUAAUCUAGAUAUGGCUUUCAAUCGCAUCGGUAAGAUUGGAAAACCAUCCUUAAAUCAAAACUGUAACAAAAGGUACACCAACAGUAACAAUUCAAAGAAAGGUGAGACCAAUUUUGUCACAGUGGAAGGGAGUUCUCAGGCGUCUUACAAUCCUUACAUCGUUGCAGUAGGUCCUUAUCAAUAUCCACGGCAGGCAUACUCUAAGCCUCAAGCACAACAGGCUAGAGCACUAACUCAACAAAAUCAACAAAAUUGGUACGCCCAGAGGGAUCAGCAAAGGCCAUGGAAGGAAUUUGACCCCAUACCUAUAACAUAUACUCAGGUCUUGCCAUACUUAAAUCAAAAGGGAUUGGUAGAGAUUAAACUUCUGGCACAUCCGCCGAAUCUUCCUCCACGUGGUUACGAUGCUAACGCCAUGUGUGACUUCCACACCGGAUCACCAGGACAUAAUACUGAUAAGUUCUUGGCACUUAAAUCCAAGGUACAAGACUUAUUAGAUCACAAGAUUAUCUCUUUCUCUCUAGAGGGUCCAAAUCUGAAGGAAAAUCCAAUGCCAAGACACUAUGGUCCAACUAUCAAUGUGGUGGAAGGACUAGAUGAUACCGUUCUGACCCAAAGGAUGGAUCAAGUGAGGACUCCCAUAUCAAAGAUAUGUGAAAAAUUGAUUGGUUACAAGGUAUUCGAAGAGUUACAUGCUAACUAUAAAAUUUGCCUCGUCAAUCCAAACACAUGCGAAAAGAUGAAGGAAUGUCUUCAACAAAUGAUGAGUGAAGCAUAUGUAAGAGACAAACUUAUAGUGUUAGAACCAGCAAUCACUAAUAUUGCUGGAAUUGGGGGCAUGACCUGGAGCGGAAGGGUGUUUUCUCCUGAGCCACGAUCAAAAGAAAAGACACCUGAAAGUUCAAAAGAUAAGGAAGUUGAAUCUUCCAGGAAGACCAUACCUCAAGGAGAAGCCGAGGAAUUCUUAAGGUUGAUCAAAAAGAGCGACUACAAGUCAUUGUUGAAAAUAUUAAAUGGAGCCCAUGUUACUCAAGACAUAACGGUAAAUCAAUUUGAUGAUGUGGUGGCUAAUAUCACUGCUAGCAAGUGUUUGAGGUUUAGCAAUGAUGAAUUACCACCAGAGGGACAUUCUCAUAACAAAGCUUUACACAUAUCCCUCAAAUGCCAAGAUAGUCUCCUAUCACGGGUAUUGGUGGACACAGGAUCAUCUCUGAUUGUCAUGCCUAAAAAUACUUUGGGAAAGCUUAAUAAUGUAAGAACAUCCAUGAAAGUUAAUACCUUGGUGGUCAAGGCUUUUGAUGGUUCAAAGAGGAUGGUAAUUAGGGAAGUUGAUUUACCAAUAACUGUGGGACCUCAUACCUUUAUGGCCACUUUUCAAGUAAUGGACAUCAAUCCAUCCUCUAGUUGUCUCAUUGGACGACCUUGGAUUCAUGUUGCAGGAGUUGUAACGUCAACCUUACACCAGAGAUUGAAAUUCAUAAUCGAUGAUAAGCUAAUAAUCGUCGAAGGGGAAGAGGACAUGUUCAUUAGCCACCUUUCAUCCUUCAAAUACAUAAACACGGACGGAGAAACAUUGGAAAUACCUUUUCAGUCCUUAAAGAUUGCAGUAGUCAGUCGAAGAAAAGAAAAAUCAAUAUCCCCAUGGGAAAAGAUAUCAAAAUUGAUCAAGGGUAGAGAUACCCAAGGCUGGGGAAAGCUGUUGGAGAAACCAGAGAAAAAGGAUCGGCUCAGGCUGGGUUACAUACCAGCUAAUGAAGGAGUUCAAAAGAGAGACCAGAAGAAACUUUGUACACUUCGAGAAACCUUCCACGGUGCGGGAUAUAUCGAUGAAGGUCAAGUGGCCGUGGUCGAUGAAAAAGAAAAAGGGAUACCUAACUUGGUGUGCCACUGUUCACUAGAUAUAACUCUCAGCAACUAG